AGAACUUGCACAGAGAAGCAAAGCAGAAGCUUCUCCGUUAAAACUUGUAUUUUGCGCAGCACAGCUGUCACACGAUCAUUACACCGAUAAAAUCAAGCCGGACAGGUAGCAAGACUGCCUAUGUAGGUACUUCGAUAAAUUCAUGUAACCAAGGAGCUUGUGAAAUACUUUGCACCCUACUAAGGAAUUCGCUGAAGGUCACGUAACCUGAGGCCAAGCUGGAUCUCGUGACUCCCAGUCUGGUGCUGUAAUCACGGACCGCUCCUGCUUUACAUGCUAGCUUCACCGCUUCACUGAAAAUGUCUGGCAAAACGGCUAGCACAACCAACAACAUAGCCCAAGCCCGAAGGACUGUCCAGCAGUUAAGAACAGAAGCCUCAAUAGAAAGAAUAAAGGUGUCAAAAGCAUCAGCAGACCUAAUGCUCUACUGUGAAGAACACGCCAAGAAAGAUCCGUUGCUAAUGGGCAUACCCGCUUCUGAGAACCCUUUCAAGGACAAGAAGACCUGCAUUUUGUUAUAGGAGAGCGGCAGCUCCUCCGCAGCCCUCCUGGGCAAAGCCAGCCACCGGCAGGCGUAUAGGCAAAUACUCUGUAAGGUACUAGCUAUUAACUGUGUAAGAGCGGCCAUUCUUUUACCAAGCGUAUAAACGAUUUCUUAAGCUUUCUAAAGCAUUUCUUCUGUUCCCUAUCUUUAUUAGGAAGCGAGGUUUCAAACUGAAUUAACUUCUUUCUUGUCCAAGGGAAUGGGGUCUUGGGCGUCGAGCCUGCGGGUGCUGCGCCGGCGUCCCUGCGGUGGGACAGGCAUGGCGAGCCGGGGGUCUUGUCCUCUGCAGGAGUGGGUCCCGGUCUCACUUUUCACGUUACACAAACAAGACCAAAGUUGCCUGAGCUUCGCUGACAGAGCGGAGGCAAAGGUGUAGAAACCUGAUUGAACAUCAUGGGGUUUACAUUUUUUUAAAUUAUGUAUGCGGGGGCGGGGGGGGCUGUAUCUGUGUUGGUAGCAUGUGUUUAUGCACACAUUUAGAAGUGCAUUAUCUAGCAAAAGCUACCUUGAAAAAUGAUUGUAGCAACUGCUGAUGAACUCCAGGGAGCCAUGCCUGCAUCCUUCCUUAUGUUGGCUUCUCUUGACAGACGUUUUUUAAGUGUAAAACCUGAAGUGUCAAGAAUCAGAGAGCUGCGGAUUUAUUUCCCUGCUUUUUAGGAGGAGUUGAAAAAGCAGAAUUUUCAGCAUUGACUCUGCUUCUCUGAAUUAUCUUCUCUAAUUAAAAAUCUGUGUUAGUAUAAAAAAAAAACCCUGUCAAAAGAAUCAAAGGCUGCAAGCUAGUACUGCCCUGGCUUUGUGCUGAGCUGGAGGCAUGGUUGUGUCACUCGAAGUCCCAGUUAUAUUUUGUGCAGGGAGUCAGAAUUUGACUCUUUUAAAUUCAUUUUUAAAGGGGAAGAAUGCCAAAUUAUAUCUAGAUUGUGGUUAUGCAGAUAUAAUUGGAGGGCCUUUCAAGUAAGUGAUUUUAUAUAUACACAUAAUAAAAAAGUCUUUCUCUGUGUGCCUGUGUGUGUAUAUAUAUAUAAAAAAACUUUAAUAGUAUAUUUAUACAAACAUUGCAUAUUAACAGAAAACUUUGAAGGGAUUGAAAAUAAUACUGACUUCAGCUGGCUACAAAUGUCUUUCUCUGUAGCCAGUGGUUCAGAGGUUGAAGUUGCGAUCUGCCAUAACUGUGCAUUUCUGUAAUGGUAUUUACAGAAUUUAUUAACCACUUGUAAUUUACUGUCUUACAUUGCAUAUUUGUCAUUUCUAUAUUAAAUUAUAUACACACUAUUGAUAUAUAUUGAGAAAUUAUAUAUUUGUUUAACAAGCCUCUUUAACAAAGAAUUCAAAAAUCGACAUACAAGACAGACAGAAAAUUGUACUGCUUAUUCUGUGCUUACAUGCAAAUUAUUUUUAUAAUUAGAGUAUUUUUCUAGUGACAAUUUAAAAAACAAUAAUGUAGAUCCACACUAAUUUUUUUUAUUGUGUUUGUGUCUAUCAUUUUAUAACACAUCUUGUUAAAAAUAGUAAUUAACUUAGUUUGGGUAUGCAGGACUGUUGAGAGAACUCCAGCUGUGCUCAGAAGUGUGCAAGCAGGUACGUGGGGCGCAGGGCGGGUAAAUAACCUCAUGCUGUUGCCUGAAUAUUGUUCUCCCAUCAAUCUGUUGUCCCCAUAGUAAUCUGCAUUUUUAUUUUGUUAGAGCUCCCUGCCCCCAAAGAAAAGAUCACCUGUGAAGCUGCAGAGAUGCUGUUCAUGUCUGGCUUUUCUCUAUUGUCUGCCCUUAAAUAAAGCCUGCAGCAGGGACUCUUGGUGAUCCAGCUGUGGGGUCCGGCCAGUACUCUGCCCUGAGCUGGAGCGUGGCCACCUCCUUGUCAUUCCCACCCAUCCCGCCAUGUCCAUAGUGGAGCUUAACUCUGUACUUUCUAAUAAAGAGCUUCUGGCAC